UAGCUCAUGAGACAGAACAGAGGGAGAGAGAGAAGAGCGAGAGAUCGAGAGAGGAAGUGAGGUCGUGGUGGUGUUUUGCCGGGCGCCGUUUCCCGGUCUGAUGGUAUGCCUGCUGCAGCACGCAGAGCAAUUUUUCAAACGUCCCUUCCAUCCUUGGGCCACCAUGGAUGCCAUCGCCCGCUCUAGAUAAGAAGCCCCAACCAUCAUUCUCCACCCAGCAGAUUGGAUCCUACCCGCCCUCGGCGGACCCUACUCUCUCUCUCCUCUCUCAUUCCCUGUCGCUCUCGUUGGCCUUCAUCUUAAACUCUGUGUAUUUUAUUUCAGAAGGGCAGUUUGAGGGGGGGACGUUGGGAGAAUUUGUGGCGGGGGCGGGAGGAUUGGGUGCCUCCGAGGAAUAGAAGAGGAGUGUGGGAAUUUGGAGUGUGAAGAUGGGUGUGAGAGUUUGUGAAGGGUGGUUGUUGGCGAUGAUGGUAUGAUUGUAGAUGGUAGUGGAGAUUGGUUUUGGCGUCUGCGGUGGCAGCGGGAUUGUGGGUUGGUGUUGGAGAGGGCGUGGUGGUUAGUAGAAGAGAGCCAGGAGCUCGCAUUGCAAUCAGUACAAUAUCUGGUUCCAUCCAUGAGUUGCUGCUCCUUUGACGAUUUGUUGGGGAGCCAUGGAUCCCGUCCUCAAUGGCGCUGCUUCGUCUCCCUCUGAAGACGACGAAUGGGAUGCUGACGGAUUUGAGAUACCAAGCUUAGAUGCAGGGCGGCCAGUAGCGGCCAGUCGAAAAGAACGCACACAAUCUGAUGAAACUUACAGACCUUAUCAGAGAUCUGCGGCAGGCACUGAACACAUCUACUUGGGACCCCACGGUGCCCCUCCACAGUAUGGUCGUGGUGGUCAGGACAGUUCAGGACCGAAUCGAAAGCAACGCUUGAAACAGAAACUCAAGGAUGCCGAAAGAAAAUCGUCAACUCCUUCGCGUGAGAACAAAGUGGAAGUUCUUCAAGACUUGAUGGGCAGUAAGCCGGGGGCUGGAUCCAAUGCCCGGGGUACAGAGUCCGAGUGGCUUGACCCUUACUGCCACGAAUCUCAAUUUGAACGCCUAGUAAAUCGCGCGUAAUCCUGUUUCAAAUCGGAAUAUUGCCAUACAACUAUUUAGCUAGGUUGAACGUGUAGUACCAUGCGAGGAGUAAACAGUGUGGAGUGUAUCUAGUAGGAACAUCCAGGGAGGGGAACAGCAAGCACCCACGAAAUGUGGUGUGAUUUGGAGAGACAAUUUUGUUUGGGCCGCAGUUCAUACACAUCACUUAACCUGCUGCUCGAUGUGUUUGGAGUCUCACAGUUUUGGCUGUAAUAGCAAUGAGCAGAAACUUUUUUUUCCCCCUUUAUGUUGAAAAUCCUAGAAAGAGUAACUCCAUGGUUCCAUGAUUUCGGUUGAA